AUGGCGAUAGGGUGGAACCCUCAAGGUUCAAGAAGCCGUGUUUGGCCAAAGAAUACAUGGAGACAAACGAUACUCCAAGAUCUAGGACAGUGUAAUUUUACAUGGGAAGACUCGAAAACAACUGCAACAAAUCGUUUAAUCACAAUGUUCGAAGAACCUUUCAAACUAACCAAACGUUUUCGCUAUCAAGAAGAAUACGGCAGAAUGCAGCACAGAACAUCGUGGACCAAGGUCAUAUUAAAUCUGGAAAAAGGCACCAUAUUAUUGCGAACUCCCCACCAUUGGCUAUUACUUAUAAUCUUCUAUACAAUAUUUUUCAGUGGCAUCAUCUGCUUAUGGUUCUUGUGCUAUUGGGUCUUUGAGAAAACUCUUGUAAAUGAACAACCUAAAUGGCUUUUAACACAACCAGGAUUUAGUUUUGAACCCGCCACAACAUUUCGUGAGAAUUAUUUGAAAAUUGAGUUUAAUGAGCAGUCCUUAGAGGAAGUUGAUGAUAUUGUGGAACACAUCAAUAAAGCUCUCCAAAAAUAUGGUAAAAUUCCACAACAUUAUUUUGGGGAAUGUGAAAAUCAUCAUGAUUAUGGCUAUAGGCAACGUAAGCCUUGCUUUUUUCUCAAGAUAAAUCGUAUAAUAGGCUUUAAAACUCAACCUAUAGAGAGUAUUAACGAUUUGCCCCAUGACACACCCCAAGAAAUGUAUGAAUAUUUACAAAACCUAUCCAAACAAGAGCUUAAGCAACGCAUAUGGAUUUCAUGUGAAUCCAGGCCAGCUCUCAAGUUUUUGUAUUAUCCCCAGCGAUUUUAUGAAAUCUCCAAUGUGGAUUAUGAUGCCUCCAAAAGCUAUAUUAAUUCUAAUGAUGCUAAAGCCUUUUAUAAUGAAAGUGAUUUCAAACGCAUUAUAGCUGUACAAAUCGAAAAUAUUUCUGUGAAUAUUAAACAUCAUGUACGUUGCUUUCUGUGGGCUAAAAAUAUUGUUAGAGAUUUAAAGGGUAGAAUGGGCCGGGGUUUGGUGCGUUUUAGUUUUGAAAUUAAAUCGUGA